GAGCAAUACUUUGCAAGGUCAGGCGCGAAACAACACGUCACUUCCGUCGAAACAUUAAAUAUGGCGGCAUCUUGUGUACGCCGCAGCUUCAUGCAGGUCAACAGAUUUUUGUCCUCUGUAACCUUCACUCGGUUGCACAGGAGCGUUGGGCUUCAGAUCAGCAGCGCUGCGACGCCUUCGACGGCAAAGCAACCGGCAGGUUGGGCGAAAGUUGUAUGGAGAGGAGGAGCCGCGUGGGCGGUGGCAGCGUUGUCGUUGUUCGGUUCGCGUGACGAUGCUCAGGUGAAAGAAGACGAGAUGAUUCUGCUACUGAAGAAGGCCAAGCUCAGCAUCGUACGGGGUCAGCUGGAGGCUGCGUCUGCUUUUCUGCAUUCCGCCGUCGCACUGGCUCACCAAACGCACAACCAUCAGGCUGUGGUGUACGCAUACAGCCAGAUGGCCAACUUGGCUUAUAUCCAAGGUCAGCUGGACCACGCUGAGAAACUUUUCAAGGCGGCCAUGAGCUUCAUGCUGGCAGGCGGGAUGCCGCAGGAUGACAACGCCUUCAUUGAGAUGUCACUCAAACUAGCGACCAUGUAUGCAGAACAGAACAAGGCGGAGCUUGCAGAGCAUGGUUUCAGGUUCUGUCUAGAAACUCUGGAGGUCAAAGUGCAACAGCUUCAAGCGACAUUAAAAGAUCAUUGGACAGAGGAGCUGGAGGCUCUCAGGAAGGACACUCGCCUCCUGCUUGGUCUGUGCUUGGACUCGCAUGCUCGGUACAGAGCGUCCACGCUGCACCUGAAGCAGGCUGCCGCCGACUACGAGAAGGCUAUGAGCAUCUGCCGCCAGGAGCAGGGGGAGUCCCACCCCCAGACUCUGGUCCUGAUGAGUGACCUCGCCACCAUCUUGGAUAUGCAGGGUCAACACGACAAUGCCCUGGCAUUGAUCCAGCAGGCGGUCGAUCUGGGUCGCUCCUCGGGACACCCAGAGUUACAUGUUCUCCUGGGGAACAUGGCCGGCAUCCUCUUGCACACAGGUAGAUUGGAUGAAGCCACCCGGUUCUACAGGGAGGCUUUGAGUCUGGCCCAGCAAGCUGGAGAUCAGGAAGCCAUGGAGCAGAUCAGGGAGGGGCUGAAUGAAGUGAGGAAGAGGAGGGAGGAUGAAUGAUGCAUGGCUGACGUUUUGUUGUCUGAACACAGAAUAUCUUUAUUGUCAUUGGACAAAAUAUGAGAGUAAAAAAAAUGUCUUGACAAGUGUGUUUUUAAAAGUGUAUUUUUGUGUAUGU